AGAAUCUUUAAUCUUUAAUUCUUUCAGAUCGCAAGUACGAGACGUUGAUUUUACCAAUAUGUACAGUGUAUAUGGCAUGCCAGUACCCUUUCACAUCUCAAUGAUCAAGAACAUAUCACAGAGCGUGGAGGGCGACUACACUUACCUGCGUAUCAACUUCUUCCAUCCGGGUUCCAGCAUCGGCAAGAGUGACGGUGUAUUUCCCAACCCAGAUGCUGUCUUCCUCAAAGAAGUGACGUACCGUAGUACAAACACUAAGGAACCCGGGGAACUGUCCGCUCCAUCCUCCAACCUCAACACAGCGUUCCGACUCAUUAACCCGUAAACGGUCCAAGCAGAUCUACGUUCACAUGUGUAGUGCUACAAAAGUAGAUCUACGUUUUUUUUACAUAUUUUCAAAUAUAACCAAAAAAAAAGUAGAUCUACUUUUUUUACAUAC